CGACACCGACUGCGCAUCGCCCCUGCGGCCGCCUCCAAGACUCCCCACGCCUCUCACGCCGCUCCCGGGCACGCCUCUGACCUCGCUGCAUCGACACAGCCAUUUCCCACGCAGAGCCGGCGAGCAGUCAUGACGGAGCAGAGCAUCAACGUCCCCCAGGUCCUCGUCUUUAUCGUCGUCACCUUCCUGGCCGUCCGAUGGUACUUUAGCAAGCCCGCAGCCGCAGCGCCAGGCACGCGGGCAGCCGCCAACCGCACCACGCCCCGUCUAAACCUGGCGCAGAUUGACCAGGUAGCCGAGAUGCUGCCGCAGUUCAGUCGAAGAGACAUUGCGUGGGACCUGCAGCGAAACGGCGGAAAUGUCGCGGCAACGACAGAACGAGCACUGAGCGGGAGGGGCUUGGACGCGGCGCCGCCAUCUUUCCAAAUACCGGGUCCGCGAGCCUCGCCUGCGCCCGUCCGGCCAGCAGCUACACCAGCACGACCCUCACAUCCUGAUCUGAUUACGAGAUACAACCUGUCCGCAAAGAUUUCCGAGGCAUCACAGCCCGCGCAAGAAGAGCAACCAAAGUCGAAAGCCUGGAGCACCGACAAGACCGAGAGGCAGGCAAAUCUGCAACGGCGGAGAGAGGAGAUGAUUCUGGCUGCGCGAAGAAAGCUCGAGGCACAGGAGAAGGCAAAGGCUUCAGGAGCAGCUGUGUAGAGACUGGUGUGCUGUGUUCUCUGGAAGAUGCAGGGCUCAUGGCGGAUGAGCAAACACAUUUCACAUGCUGUUGUUAUACCCGGAUUUGCUUUUUUGCAAUACAAGCAUACGUUUAGC